AUGCCUUCGAAGCGAGUUGUGGUGAAUCUGUCAGAGAAUUACGGCGAUAUUCGCAUCCCAUGCUCGCUGUUACCAGGCGCCAACGCCGCCGCGUACAGUGAACAGGCCGUUCUCUUCAUGGCGCCGUUACGUGUGGGUCAUCCUCUUCACUGGUGUGAAGAGUAUCAACACACGGAUAGUGAUGACAGUUAUGACAAGGCUGGGGCGGUAGUCUUGAAGCCGGCUCCGCCAUUGGACGAGGAGGGCAUUGCGAGGGCUUCGCUUCCCUCCGUUGUGGAACCGCCAUGCAGCCCUGCGAUGCGUGGGAGGUUCACGCGAGCAGUGUGA